AUGGCGGAGAAGAAGCCGUGUCCGGUGUCGCUGCAGCCAACGCAGGACGACAUGAAGUGCUGCCCGGCGGUGCCGGGCAAGCGACCGUGCUGCGUGCCGGGGGGCCGCCCGCCGGGCCCGCUGCCGUCCCCGGAGGUGCUGGAGAAGCUGCGGCAGGGCUACGAGUGCCUGCAGGCCUCCGACAGCAAGUCCCUGCUGCGCAAGUACCUGACGCGCGAGGUGUUCGACAAGCUCAAGUACCGCGUCACGCACCAGGGCUCCACGCUGCUGGACGUGGUGCAGAGCGGCUUCGAGAACCACGACUCGGGCGUGGGGCUGUACGCGUCCGACCCGGAGACGUACAGCACGUUCGCGGACCUGUUCGACCCGGUGAUCGCCGACUACCACGGCUUCGCCGCCACGGACUGCCACCCGCGCCUGGACUGGGGCAACCCGAGCUCGCUGUCCGACCUCGACCCCGAGAACAAGUACAUCCGGUCGACGCGGGUGCGCUGCGGUCGCUCCAUCGCGGGCUACCCGUUCAACCCGAUGAUGACCAAGGAACUGUACGAGCAGAUGGAGAAGGACGCGUCGGACGCCCUCUGCUCGCUGGACGGUCCACACGCGGGCAAGUACGAGCCUCUGUGCGGCAUGGCCCCGGACUACCAGCAGCAGUUGAUCGACGACCACUACCUUUUCAAAGAGGGCGACCGCUUUCUGAUCGCGGCCAAGUCCUGCGAGCACUGGCCCAUCGGACGCGGAAUCUUCCUGAACGAGGACAAGACGUUCCUGGUGUGGGUGGGCGAGGAGGAUCACCUGCGAAUCAUCUCCAUGCAGAUGGGCGGCCACCUCGGGGAGGUGUACAAGCGGAUGGUGGACGGCGUCAACAAGAUCGGGCGCAAGCUGUCGUUCGUACGCCAUCCGCGGUUGGGAUUUCUCACCUUCUGCCCCACCAACCUGGGCACGACGGUGCGCGCCUCCGUCAUGAUUACGCUGCCCAACAUCGGCUCGGACCUGGAGAGCCUGGAGGGCAUCGCGUCCAAGUACAACCUGCAGGUGCGCGGCACCGCCGGGGAACACUCCGCGUCGGCCGACGGGUCGUACGACAUCUCGAACAAGCGCCGUCUGGGACUCACCGAGUUCGAGGCUGUCAACGAGAUGUACACCGGCCUACGCGAAAUGAUCAAGAUGGAGCAGUCCAAGUCGUAG